AACGAAGGCGGAAAAAAAGUUGAGGCGAGGUGGGGGGAAACUCUUCUAGUCCUGCUGCUGCCGCUGCUACUCCCAGACCAAGCAUAGAGCGGGGGGGGGGCGACUUCCAGAGCAGAAGCGGCGGCGGCAGGAAAGAGUGGCAGCAGGCAGGCAGCGUGGAGAGCUGGUGUAAGAGCCCCACUCUCAGCGGAGAGGAGACUGAUCGCUGCAAAGCUUUGAUCAGCCCCAGAAUAGUUAGCACAAGUCUCUCUCUAUUUCCCCCCCCCUUCUUCUUCUCUCCCCCCCCAAGGGAGUGGAGGAGGCGCGCGGGGGGGAAGAUCCUCUGUGUAUUAAGGUGCAGCCUGCCCUAUCGCUUGCAGGAAGAUGCGAACUCAGGGCAGCGGCAGAGCCCCGGAGGAGCCGCUGCGACUACCUGUGUGGCCCCAACAGUGCCUGCUGAGACCUGAGCCUGCAACCUCAGCCACCAUCACCAUGUGAACGCUUCGGAUCCGGUUCGGUUCUGCUCGCUGACCCAUCAUUCUUAUGGGAUGCUGAUUAUUUAAGGGGGGGGGAAGAGGAAAUCUCUCCUUUCUCCCCCCCUUGGUUUUGUUUUCUCUCUUGUCUUCCUCCUCCCCAUUCCAUUUUUUAACCCCAGCUCUCCUGGAGAUCACUUAGGUGGGAGUUUUCCUCUGAAGACCGAGGCAGUUCCAGAGCAGUAUCAGACCUGAUUAGCUUUACACAAACAAUGAUUCCAAAGACUACAAGAUAAUUACCACUGGCUAAGCAAGAAGGCUCACUGGGGGCAUUACUGCAGCUCUUGAAGGGUCUAAGAAAGCAUCCUGCUGCAUGGUCCAUCUGUAAAAAUCUCUGAACACAUUGUUCCAAUAGCAGAGGACUGACUUGUAUGCAGGACGAUCACCACAGCACCUGAAACACCGCAAAAAAAGAACUGGGGAGGAAGGAAAGCAGUAUCACCAUGGAGAAGGACAGCAUGACCCUAGCUGAUCAGCAAUAUGAAUGUGUAGCUGAGAUUGGUGAAGGAGCCUACGGGAAGGUGUUCAAGGCCCGGGACUUGAAAAAUGGAGGGCGCUUUGUAGCACUGAAGAGGGUGCGGGUGCAGACAAGUGAAGAGGGGAUGCCACUUUCCACCAUACGUGAAGUGGCUGUAUUGAAGCAUCUGGAAACGUUUGAGCAUCCCAACGUGGUCAGGUUGUUCGAUGUAUGCACAGCAUCCCGAACAGACCGAGAGACAAAACUAACACUGGUGUUUGAACAUGUUGAUCAAGACUUGACCACUUAUUUGAACAAAGUUCCAGAGCCUGGUGUUCCUAGCGAAACUAUAAAGGACAUGAUGUUUCAACUCCUACGAGGUCUUGAUUUUCUGCAUUCACACAGAGUGGUCCACCGUGAUCUGAAACCGCAAAACAUUCUAGUAACCAGCAAUGGGCAGAUAAAAUUAGCUGACUUUGGCCUCGCACGGAUCUACAGUUUUCAAAUGGCUCUUACGUCCGUGGUUGUCACUCUAUGGUACAGAGCUCCUGAAGUUUUGCUUCAAUCCAGUUAUGCAACACCAGUUGAUCUUUGGAGCGUUGGCUGUAUAUUUGCAGAAAUGUUCCGUCGGAAGGCACUUUUUCGUGGAAAAUCAGAUGUUGAUCAGCUAGGAAAAAUCUUUGAUGUAAUUGGGCUUCCUGAAGAAGAGGAUUGGCCCAGUGAUGUUCCUCUCGUAAGGAAUGGUUUUCCUUCUAGAACUCCUCAACCCAUUGAACUUUUUGUAACAGAUAUUGACGAACUAGGCAAAGAUUUGCUUCUGAAAUGCUUGACAUUCAACCCCACAAAGAGAAUAUCAGCUUACAAUGCCUUAUCACACCCUUACUUUCACGAUCUGGAGAAAUGCAAAGAGACUACGAACUCUGACAUGUCAUCCAGUCAAAACUCCACUGAGAUAAAUACACCCUAAAGCUACUUCCAGCUCAACCUACAGAUGAACAAAGUAUGUAGCUGAUAAGGUCACUGUUGAAGGUAAAAACCAUUGCUGUCCCACUGAAGAUUAUUCCCUAGAGGCUUCAUACAUUGUCUGUGCUUCUUCGGGGUGAUGAUCUGCUUCUCCAUGGAAAAGGACCGAGUUGCCUUCAGCAAAGCAAAUGCAAGAGGCAAGGCUUCCAAUGACUCCCACUGUGGCUUGGUGUUUGUUUAGUUUACCUGGAGAUCGCCAGGUGAAGAAAAGCUGCUGACCAGUUUUGCUGCCAUUUUCUUCCUAGCAUUGAAUGGUGCCGCCAUGAGCUAACAAAAUCCUGUCUCACUACCAAAACCUGACUUAACGUCUGUCACUAGGUGCUGAAGUCUGAUUUGGUACUCCUUUGGAGUUACGGUGAUUGUUUGUUUUGCUUUGCUUUGCUUAAUCAUGAUUUCAGAAAAUGAUUUUCUAAAAGCAUUAUUUAAAAGAAUGACAUUGAAAAUACUGAACCUCUAUAGCCUGCAGUUAAGAGAGAUGUGUACAAACACAACUGGCUAUUGUAAUCACACAGGAAUGUCCUUCCUUGAUAGGAAAUAUGAGAUGAUAAUUACAGCAUUUGUUGCUCCUCAUCAUAA